GCCAUCAAAACAACCAACUCCCCUUCCCAUAUAUAUACACACUCUCAUUCCCACUCCCUUCUCUCUUUCAUGGCAUGCAUUAACAUGUAUACUCCUAGUACUUCUACUAGCACUAGCACUAGCACUAGUCAAGACCAACAACAACAACAAAACCAAGGUGGUGGUGGUGGUAAUGGUAAUAGUGGUAUAUCCAUGAGCCCAAGAAUCUCUUUCUCUAGUGACUUCAUCUUGGAUAAACCCAUCCCUUCUUCUUCCUCAUCUCCGGCCACUCCCGGCAACCCUGACUUUGAGUUUGCCGUUGGCACCCGCCCUAUGAUGGCCGCCGAUGAGCUCUUCUUUAAAGGCAGGUUGCUUCCUCUUCGUCAUGGUCAUGGUCAUGGUGGUGCCCCUCCUCGUCCGACCACCACCCUUCGUGAUGAGCUCCGUUCCGGCUCCGGCGCCGAUGAUGUUGCUUCAAGGCCUAAGCCUUGUCCUCCCAAGUGGAAGGGCCUUCUUGGCCUUAAGAAAGUUGGUGGGCAUUAUGGGAAUAAAAAACAUGUUGAUAAGAGUGAUCACGUUGGUGCUGCUUCUUCCUUUAAGUUUGCUUCUUCUACACAGGAGGUGUUGGAGGAGGAGGAGGAGGAUUGAGUUGAAGAUGUCAUGCAUUACAUUGCAUGCAUGCAUGAAGAGAAGAAGAGUUAUUUUACUUUACUUUAAUUUCUUCUUUUUCCUUUUUUUCUUUUU